CCACAUUGUCCCGCGUCAGCUAGCGAGCAACUCCUUUCCACAUACAGCUCCAACAACUCCAACUUCCCGGCUAUCUUCCAAUGAACACAGCGCCUCCACUGCCUAUCAGGCGAACGUUUCCCCGCUUUGGGUCCGGUAUCUCGACUCUUGAUCCCUUCGCAUGGACCUGCUUAGUUGCGGAAGCCGGUAGAUACACACGGAGAUGGGCAGCCCAGGAGAGACAUGCGGGUGGCCAUAUCCAUGGCUUGCUAUCAUAUACCCUGGGGGCAAGGAUUUGGAGACGAGGAAAGGUGAUAACGAACAUGUAGGCUCCACGACGAGCUCCAAACUGGAAUGACGCAGGGUACCUAUGUUCUUUGGGGUCUCACCUGCAUGCCACCCCACUCUUGUUGUCUACUCUUGGUACAACCAGUUCCAGAAGCUCAGUAUUCAAAAUAUACCCGCAUCAGCAGCUGAAGUCUACGUCUACCUAUUUAGCAGUCGACUAUCACGAUGACCGUUGGCGCAGACUCCGCCAACACAGCCCCCGUGCCGGGUACUGUGCAUCUGGUCGAUUUGGACCAUAGCAUUCAAGCUCGACAUGCAGGCAACGGGGACAUUAUCCUGAAUCCAGCACCAUCUAGUGAUCCUGAUGAUCCGCUCAAUUGGUCUCCACGCCGCAAGCUCACAUCAACGAUAUGUACCAAUCUUUAUACCUGGAUGACUGGUAUCGCCGUGUCGACAGUAUACUCCGUCUUAGUGCCGCUAUCGGAAGCCUCGGGCGUAUCUGUGUCGACGCUGAACGAGGGCACUGGAUACAUGUUUCUGUUCCUCGGUUGGGGUCUUCUCUUUUGGCAACCUUUCGCACUGCGAUACGGCAAACGUCUCACAUUCCUCAUAUCGGUCGUCGGUGCCAUUGGAUGCAGUAUCUGGAGUGCGUAUGUCAAGAGCAAUGGCGAGUGGAUAGCUCGAUGUAUCGUCAUGGGCUUCUUCGUCGCCCCAGUAGAAGCUUUACCUGAGAUCUCUGUAACCGAUGUAUACUUCACCCAUCAGCGUGGGAAAUACAUGGGGUUCUACGCGUUCUCAUUGGCCGGCAGUAAUUACUUUGCUCCCAUCAUCUCUGGCUUCAUCGCGGAAGGCCAAGGUUGGCAGUGGGUAUUUUACUGGCCCGCCAUUUUCUUAACUGUUUCACUGUUCUUCAUGUUUCUCUUUAUGGAGGAGACUAACUAUACACGCAAAAUCGAAGGAGUCGCUGUCGCAGCUGAGUCUCCGCAGAGAGACCCAUCGAAGGUAGUUGAUCAAGAGAAGGCCGACACGACGACUUCGCAGUCCACCACAAGCGAUGAUAUGCGAGUAUCGACAAAGACUUUUACGCAAAAGCUAUCAAUCUGGCAACCGUCUCCAGGAUCAAACGUCUUUGAACGCGCAAAACGUAGUCUAAUGUACCUGAGCUGGCCCGUCAUCUUUUACGCAGGUUUCAGCUACGGUUCUUACCUCAUUUGGUUCAAUGUCUUGAACGCCACUGCCUCGAUUAUCCUCGGCGGUCCCGGAUACAACUUCAAGCCUUCCAUGGUCGGUCUCAGUUACGUAUCUUGCUGCAUUGGAGUCAUCGUCGGAGCACUCUUCUCAGGACGGUUCAGCGACUGGCUGACCAUCAAACUAGCGCGCCGAAACAACGGCGUCAUGGAGGCUGAACAUCGGUUAUGGCCAUUUGCAGUAUGUCUGGUGAUGGUGCCGGCAUUCUUGAUACUCUGGGGUGUUGGUGCUGCCCAUGGCGUACACUGGUUCGGACUCGUCUUUGCUAUGGGUUGUGUCGCUUUUACUUCAUCAGUCGGCGUCACCCUCAGCGUAAACUAUAUGAUCGACAGCUACCACGACAUAAGUGGCGACGCGAUCGUCACAGUUAUCUUGAUUCGCAACACAAUGUCAUUUGCAAUCAGCUACGGCAUUACACCAUGGCUGACAGACUUGGGCUACCAGAACUGUUUCAUAUCCGCAGCCUUCGUUGGAAUGGCUGCAUCGGCAGUAUUUCUCGUAAUGAUCAAGUACGGCAAGCGCAUGCGCGUUAGAAGCAGUAGCAAGUACUACAGUAUCGUGGAUGCUGAUAAGGCGAUGAACUAGAGCAGUGCAUAUAGAACUCGAUGCAUGAUUGUAUGCGUGGCUAUCAGGCCUUUUGAUCACCGAUAGUACAGUUGAACUUUAGAACGUUAUGCACCAAGACAAAAUCCGAGACGCUGUAUAGAGCCACGGGCUUGCUCGAUUUCGUUACGUCAUGCAGACAGGUUUUGAGCUUCGAGAUCCAGUUCAUAAAGUCGUAACAUUCGUUCAAGAUACAUAGUAAACUAUAAUACGAGCACCGCGAAAAGAGCUACACCGCUGAGUAAACCAGCCGUCCCAUA